CAGUUGGUGGCGGCGCGGCUGCGGAGCGCGCGUGGGCACGGCCAUGCCCGGCGCCGAGCGGCAGCGGCAGCAGCAGCAGCAAUGACCUGCGCCUCAAACCAUUAAAACUACUGCUAUUAUAUAUAUAUUUUUUCAAACUGUUAUCAGAGAUUUUUUUUUUGUGUAGAAAAAUGAGUAAAAACGCGGAAGGCUCGCGGGAGGACCUGUCUAAAAUUGCGGACGAAGAGCUGAUGAAGUGGAGUAAGGAGGAGCUGGUGAGGAGACUUCGGAGAUCCGAUGCCGAGAAGAUGACGGUCAUGAUCGAUCACAGCAACCUGAUCAAGGAGGUGAACCGUCGGCUGCAGGUGCACCUGACUGAGAUCCGGGGGCUGAAAGACAUCAACCAGAAGCUGCAGGAGGACAACCAGGAGCUCAGGGACCUCUGCUGCUUCCUGGACGACGACCGGCAGAAAGGCAAGAAGGUGUCGCGGGAGUGGCAGCGGCUCGGCAGGUACACUGCGGGAGUGAUGCGCAAAGAAGUUGCCCUGUACUUGCAGAAAAUGAAGGAGCUGGAGUCCAAGCAGGACGAGGUGGUGAGGGAGAACUCGGAGCUGAAGGAGAUAUGCCUGAUGCUGGACGAGGAGAGGGGUGUGGGCAGCCGCUGCUCCAUAGACAGUCAGUCCAGCCUCCUGCACCUGAGCGCCACAAGUGGUUCAAGGGACGUGGGCGAUGGCAGCAGCACCUCCAGCGCCGGCAGCACCGACAGCCCCGAGCACCACGGCCAGCUGGCAGGCAGCAGCCCCGAGCAUCUCCAGAAACACCGGGCGGCCGGCGGAGGCAGUCCCGAGCACCUGCAAAAGCACCGAGGAGGCAGCCCCGAGCACCAGAAGCACAGCCUGAACACCGGCAGCCCAGAGCUCCUGCCCAAGCACAUGAGCGGCAGCGCCGAGCACCUCCCCAGGCACAUGAUCAGCUCCAGUCCCGAGCACCCAAAGCACGUUAUCAUUGGUACCCCGACUCCGGAGCAUCUACAGCAGCACCGGGGCGGCAGCCCUGAGCGCCUAAAGCAACACUACGGAGGAAAUUCUGAGCACUUUAAACACCUGGGCAGCAGCAGCAGGGAAGGAACUCUGCGAAGACCAUCGGCGGCAGCAGCGGACGAGCUUUCGCCUCAUCACAGAAGUGUAUACAAUGGGAUGAAUGAGCCAGUGCUUACCUAUGUCAAACAGCUGGAGACUAGAGUGAAGCAGCUCGAGGAAGAAAACCGAAUGUUACCCCAGGUGCAGAGUGAGCAAGAAACAAAAGCAGAACACUCGUCACCCAAGGUCCAUCAGUGUAAAUCAAUAAUAAAAACAAAAUGCAAAGACAACACUGAUGCAGCAUCUCUGGAACAAGAUGUAGCUAACGUUUCAGGUCCAGAAUCCUUCAUGAGAACUGGGAAAGAGAGAAAAACAAGUUCGUUUUCAGUUGGAGUGACAAUGGAGAGAGAUAGUGACAACAAAAUGAAUAUCCCUGAUAGGGCUCAAUUUGCAUGGAUGUCAGACGCUGAUGGGACUUUACCACAUCCAAGUCAUCAAGCUGGAAAGUGUGGAUAUAAUUCACUAACUCCGAAACCUGAGGCUGUAGUUCAUGCUAUCAAGGUUGUGGAAGUGCAUGAAAAUGUGGGCAAAGAAGAUAACAACGAGAAAGACCUGAGUGAAACAGAGAAAGCUAUUGUCAGGGAAAUGUGUAACGUGAGUAAAUUGUGCCACAGCAUCCAACUGCUGCUGUGCCUGCCACCCAACUCUCAUAUAGUGGAUCCUUAGUCCCAGAAAGCAAAGGAAGCAAGUAAGAACACAAAUUCAAGAAAAUAUGUUUUAUGUCUAUAAAUCUUUUGUACAAGUAAAGCCCAUUUAAGAAGCAGAAGUACUUGUUUCUUGUUUUGUUACAGAUAUAGCAAGUCUUUGGUGUGUAGUUCUCAGUAUACCCCAUGCUGGGCCAAGUGUGCAAGUCUAAUCAUAGCUUCAAGUACAUCACUUCAGUUUAAUGUGACCCACUUAUUUCAUUGUAUUCUUUGUUCCGAAACCCAGUUAUGGAUGCGUCAGGUGCUAACAAUAUGGAUUUGAAGUCCAAAGGGUUGAACUCAAUUGACCACAACUGAAUUCUCCUUUUACAGAAAGAUUUACAGCAAACAUGUUUUAACAGCCUAGACAUCCUCAAGCCUCAGUCCUAAAAGGCAGCUUGUUAGCGAAAUUGAGAUAGCUUCAAGAUUUUUUUAAUUAAAUUAGCAAGUACAUGAAUAAAUAAUGAAGAAACUAGGUAGGAGAUAUAGUUAGAUUCAGAUCUGUAGCAGUGGGAAGUAAGAUGGGUGAAUGCUGUUAGCACCGUUUUUGAUGUGUAAUAAAAGCAGUGAUUUGUGUAUGCACCAGACAGCUGUUUCUAAAGGGCAGUGUUUUCAUGAUCAGGAAAUGAGGAAUGUUGUUAUGACAGAAAAGACAAGUGAAAAUACUAAACCAUAGAACAACACAAUAAAUUAUAAAUAUAAUUAUAAUUAUUGGAUAACAUUAACAGAUAACAGUAAUAUAUAGCUUUUAUAAAUUAUCUAAAAUGCCAGUAAUUAAUUCAGAAUGCAAAAACAAAUUUAAUAAAACAUGCUUUCUGACUAAUGGUACUUUAUGGAAUUUUCUGGCCCAUAAGCCAUUAAUUUCAUGGAAAGUAGCUCAACAUUCAGACAUUAUUAGUAGAAUUAAUUGAGGUUAAAUGGCAGUUAAUCUGUUUCAUAUGUAGGGUUGUCUUGAAUAUGUUUUUGACCACUGAAUUUGUUGACUACUGAUUAUUUUAUUCCCUCAUACCUUGCCUACCUUCUGAAGGAAGUACCGAGUGGUUUCAUUCACCUGUUAGUGAACUACAUGAAGUUACCACCGUUCUCUUUGGGCCCUUUGCAGGUUGAUUGGGCGGGUUGAGAAAAGCAGCAGGUCCAAGCCCAGCAACCAGACAACAUCUGCCAGAUUGUCAGUAAAGAGGAAUAAUGUAGAAGGGGUCUAUUUCUCAAUGUCCCAAGCAAAUGGAAUAAAAAGAGUGGUGAAGGGUAGAUGGAGAGGAAACUGAAGAGAGAAACAUAGAACCAUAGAAAAUAGGUGCAGGAGUAGGCCAUUCAUCCCUUCGAACUAGCACUGCCUUUCAAUAUGAUCAUAGCUGAUCAUCCAGAAUUUGUACCCCGUUCCUGCUUUCUCCCCAUAUACAUUGAUUCCGUUAGCCCUAAGAGCCACAUCCAGCUCUCUCUUGAAUACUUUAAAUUUAAAUUGAGAACUUUCAAUUGAUUUUGAUUUGUAAAAUAGUAGCCACUAUCCCACUCCCUCCUCCUGCCACACUGCAAAAUGCAUGUAAUUCACAUUGAUACUUUAUAUUCAACCGCACAGCAACAAAGGUGCAAUUUAAUGAGAACAGAGCAAACAGCUGCAAAUCCUAAAUUAUAUUGUCCAGACUUAAUAAUAAUAAUAAUAAUAAAUUUUAUUUAUGGGCGCCUUUCAAGAGUCUCAAGGCCACCUUACAAAAAUUUAGCAGGUAGAGGAAAAACAUGUAAGGGGAAUGAAAUAAAUAGUAGAUACAUGACUAGUACACAAAGUAAAUACAGAAUUCAAUACAAAACACAGUAUGAGGCAAUUAAUGCACAGAUGAAAAGGGACGGCACGUGGGGUUAAGGAUAGGCAGAGGUGAAGAGAUGGGUCUUGAGGCGGGACUGGAAGAUGGUGAGGGGCACGGAAUUGCGGAUCAGUUGGGGGAGGGAGUUCCAGAGCCUGGGAGCUGCCCUGGAGAAGGCUCUGUCCCCAAAACUGCGGAGGUUGGACUUGUGGAUGGAGAGGAGACCGGCUGAUGUGGAUCUGAGGGACCGUGAGGGUUGGUAGGGG